AUGAAAUAUUUAAUAAUUGUUUUAUUAGCUAUAUUAGCAUUUUUAUCAAUCACUGGUAAGGUUUCAGCCUCAGAAAAUUUUGAUCAAGAAAAUAAUUGUAAUUUUUGCGAGUUUAUAGUUGAAUAUAUAGAAGAUUAUGUAAAAGAAAAUCAAACAGAAGCAGAGAUAAAAGAAGAAAUAGAGGAGGUUUGUUUAAUUUUACCAGACAGCUUACAGGAACCAUGUAAAAUUUUAAUAUCAAAUAAUAUUGGCAAGAUUAUCCACAUGCUUGUAAAUGAUGCAUCACCAAGAGAUAUAUGUAAUUUCUUUAAAUUUUGCUCCCCAACCCCACCACCCUCACAACCAAAACAACAACACACCAUUAAAGGAAAAAGUACAAUUGAAUGCAAUGUUUGUGAAUAUAUUGUUUCAAAUGUUUAUAGAUAUAUCACCUUAAAUAGUACAGAAGCACAGAUUAUAAAUGCACUUGAAAACGAUUGUAGUCUAUUGGGAGGUAAUUUAGCAAUAACUUGUCAAGGCUUGGUUAAUGAAUAUAUUCCAAUGAUUAUAAAUUUAAUCGAAAAUAAUGAAGAUCCUUCAACAAUUUGUGGUCAAAUUAAACUUUGUGCAAUUUCAAACAAUAGUAAUAUCAAAAUAAUGAUAUAG